ACGGGGCUUGCGUGGCAACGGUAACUAAGGAGCUCGCGGUGCAGAAAGCCAGGGCCGCUGGAGGCGGGGAGGUGACCGAGGGGUCCAGGCGGCGGGACGGCCCGGCCACUGAGGCCCACGGAGGGCGCGCUCUAGAAAACUCCACAAAGAGGAAUGUCAGACGCAGGGGAAGACCCACUAGAAGAAACAGAAGAAGAUGGAGAAACAGAAAUGGAAGAAGAAGAAGAAGAUUAUAAUUCGUAUUAUAGAGAGGUAGAAAGUAUGCCACAGAAAUUAAAGGAAGAUGAUAUAUUAGUAUGGAGACAGCCUCGGGAGGAGGGGGAGCAGGAGGAGGAGGAGGAGGGGGAGCAGGAGGAGGAGGAAGAGGAAGGAGAGGAGGAAGGGGAAGAGAAGGACGGGGUGGAGGAGAAAUGGGAGAAGGGGGAGGAAGGGGGAAAGGACUGGGAGGAGGAGGAAGAGGAGGAGGAAAGAGUGGAGGAAGAGGAAGAGAAGCAGGGGGAGGAGGGGGGAGGAGUGGGAGAGAAAGAGAAGAAAGGAGAGGAGGGGGAGGAAGAAUGGGAGAAGGAGGAAGGAGUGGAGGAGAAAGGGGAGGAAGAGGAAGAAGGGGGAGAAGGUGGGAAGGAGGAGGCUGUGAGAGAAAAAACGGAGGAAAAGGCUGCAGCAGCACGGGAGGAGGUAGCUGCAGGAGUACAGGAAGAAACCACAGUGAAGCCCCAAGAAAUCACCAAGUCCAAGAUCAGUUUGGAGAAACUUACAUUGACUGAUUCCCAGUCAAUCUUGUCGGGAACUUUUCUAAAAACCCAUAGUGGUGAUGAGUCAAAGCGUGCAUCAAAGCAUUCAGAAACAAAUGAGCUUUUUAGAGACUUGAGCUCACAACGAAGAUUUCUUGAUUUGGAGCAAAUCAGUUCUGAGGAACUACAGAUUAGUUCCCCUGACUCACAGCCCUCUAGCAAGCUUGGGCAGAAAAUCCACCAGAUGCCCCAAGAUGAAUCGGGACAAGAAGGGACAGAUUUGGAAGCAGAAAAGGGAGAAGGGAUACAAGACAAAAGACUAUCAAACUUAAGUGAAGAAAAAGGAAAAGAAUUCCAGCCCAAAGCAGAGAUCCCCGAGGAUUCACUGGUGGCCACCAGUGAGGACAUUUUGUUUCGAAAGGAUGACAAAGCCAAUGUGUACCCUUUGACCUUGACCUGGUCUUUCGGCUGGAACAGUUCUCUUCCUGUUUACUAUAUUCGAGAUGAAAACCAGAGAGUUCUUCUGUAUGUCUGCGCUCACACCGCGGUCAUCUACAACGUUUUCAAUAAUAAUCAGCACCAUCUUCAAGGCCACCCCAAUGUGAUCUCCUGCCUCUGCAUCAGUGAAGAUAGGCGGUGGAUUGCCACGGCCGACAAAGGGCCCAACUGCCUGAUAAUUAUAUGGGACUCCUUCACAGGCAUUCCUGUGCACACGAUAUUUGACAGCUGCCCGGAAGGCAACGGCAUCGGGGCCAUAGCCAUCACCCGGGACGCCAAGUACCUGGCAACCAUCUCAGAUGCUGAAAUCCAGAAAGUUUGCAUCUGGAGGUGGACGUUAGCAGUGGAAACGCCAGCGUGUACUCUUGACCUUCCCAAAGAGUAUGGGUUUCAGAACUACCUUAUUUUUAAUCCAACAAAUAAUAAAGAAUUGGUGAGCAAUAGUAAAACACAGGCAAUAUAUUAUUUGUGGUGUGAAGAGAGAGAGAUACUUGUUCACAGUGCCCCACAUUUAACAGAAAAAACGUUCAACAAGCUCGUGGGAAAAUUAACCCAGUCAGUCUUUCAUUUGAAUUUAACACAAAUACUCUCAGCAACAAUGGAAGGGAAGCUGGUUGUCUGGGACAUAUACCGCCCCCCAUCGUCUGCCUCCGCCUCUCUGGACUUUCCUCAUAUCAAACCUUGUAAAUUGGUUCAUUUGCAGAAAGAGGGCAUCACUGUGCUUACUACAGUUGAUAGCUAUAUUGUCACAGGUGAUAUUAGAGGUAACAUUAAGUUCUACGAUCGCACCCUGUCCAUUGUUAACUGGUACAGCCACUUCAAACUGAGCUCCAUUAGGACCCUGUCCUUUUCAAAGACCCCAGCAGCUCCGCCUACCGAAAAAUCAAACUAUCCUCCAGACUGCACUUUAAAAGGUGACCUUUUUAUCGUAAGGAAUCUUAUCAUCGGAACAUCUGACGCUACAGUGUACCACUUAACGACAGACGGGACCAAACUUGAGAAGUUAUUCGUGGAGCCCAAGGAUGCCAUUUGUGCCAUCUCCUGCCACCCAUAUCAACCCCUCCUCGCCAUUGGGAGUCUCUGUGGGAUGAUCAAAGUGUGGGAUUAUGAAAAGAAAAAAUACCUUUUCAGCAGGGUCUUUGAGAAGGGGCUUGGCAUCCAGAGUCUAACCUAUAACCCUGAAGGAGUCCUUCUUGGAGCCGGCUUCACCGAAGGGACAGUUUACAUCCUCGAUGCAAUGUCCUUAGAAAACCAAAUCCCGGAGCCUUUCAAAUAUUCCAGAACCAGCGUGACUCACGUCAGCUUCUCGCAUGACUCUCAGUACAUGGCAACUGCUGAUGUACGUUUUACCGUGUCUGUUUAUGUGGUGGUAGUCAGAAAUGGACACAGGGUCUGGGAAUAUCUGGCAAGACUUCGUUCUCAUCGCAAAAGCAUUUGCAGUCUCCUGUUUGGGGUUCAUCUGGACAGCAAUGAGCCGAGACUGCUGAGCCUCGGGAAAGACAGGCUCUUGAUCGAGUAUAAUCUUCUUAAGAGCUCCAAAGACCACCUGGAAGUCCUGGACAUUCACCGAACCGAUCAGGGCAACUACCCUACCUGUAUGGUCUGGUACCCACCACUCACCAGGGAACUCUUCCUGCUCAUUUGCAACAGUGGCUACAAAGUGAAACUUUUUAAUUCCACCACGAAAAUGUGCAGAAAGACGCUUCUUGGGCCAGUUUACGGUUCUUCCAUUGAACAGGUACAAAUCCUCCCAGUGAAGAGCACCUUGGAACUGCAGAAACGCUACAUGGUGUUUAUUAACAGAGACAAGGUUGGACUUCAGAUCUUACCUGUUGAUGGCAAUCCACAUAAGACAUCUGCUAUUAUAUGCCACCCAAGCGGGGUGGCUGGAAUGACCGUUUCCUAUGACGGCUGCUAUGCCUUCACGGCAGGAGGGCAUGAUCGAUCGGUGGUGCAAUGGGAAAUCAACUUAAGACAUCGAAGCUUCUUCCCUUAACCUGAAUAUAAGCAAAACUCGCCAGGUAAGUCUGCUCUGGAUCCUCGCUGGCUUCAGACUGCAGUUGUCACUCUGACCUCCACCUCUGCCUUCACCUAAGAGCAGAUCGUGGGAAUUUGGGAAUUCCGAAGCUAGAGGUGAGCUCUCACAUUGAAAAGCACUUCCUGAGUGUGUGGCCAGUCCCUGGAACAGUGGAGGCGAGCCACACCCUGCUGAGAGAACAGAAUCCCCGCCCCCCCCCCCCCCCCCCCCACACACACACCUUUUCAUUUUUGUCUUCUUCUCGAUAAUCAUGGUAGAGAUUAAAGGGUGAAAAACGGCACCCGCUUUCCAAUGGCUUCCCGGUGCCUGGCCAGAGUCCAGGCUUCCGAGAAUUUCAAUUUAAUCUGUUGUGGGGACAAAGGAUCAUUAUAAGCUAAUUAGCACUUCAUUGCUGUUUCUGGUGUCUUAAUAUGUUCAGUGCUCCACUAAUGGGAAGAAAUGUAACAACCCUAAACAAAUAAACAAACAAAAUUCCCUGCUGGUCUAACGACGGUGACUCGUAGGGUGAAGUACAGAUGUCAAGUCCGCUCACGUUCCCAUGAUUGUAAUCAGGGUGCUUCUGGGCCCAAAUACGAUCUCUGCAGCACAUUGACCUUCUCCUGGGCAGACCCCUUCCUUUCGUCUUCUCCUAGGGUUCAUUCCACGCGUACUGUGCUGUGCCUUUGUCCCGACUUUGCCGGCAUGCUGCCUUUUUCCUCCCCUUGUUUGGCACCUAUUUGGUUUUUAUGGUUUUGUUUGUUUGUUUGUUUGUUUGUUUGUUUAGAUAGAGCGAGCGGAGAAGUGGGGCAGAGGGAGAGAGAGAGAGUCUUAAGCCAGGCUCCAUGUUCAGUGUGGAGCCUGACUCAGAGCUCGAUCCCACGACCCUGGGAUCAUGAGCUGCGCCAAAAUCAAGAGUGGGACGCUCAACUGACUGAGCGAGCCACCCAGGCGCCCCUGGCACCCGUUUUUAAAUCCCCCAUUGCUCUUUUGUGCUUAACCUCAUAGCCACCUGGGGUCCUGCUGCUGUGCUCAGACAAGAGUAGAAAGACCCAGAUUCACAUACCACUUUUCCUGCCUGCUUGCUGUAUGACCUCAGGCUAGUCCCUUAACUUCUGAGUCUCAGUUUCUCCAUCUGUUAAAUGGGAAUACCAUCAGUGUUUUGAGGGUAGAGAUUACCACAGCUGCUGUUCCUCUCCUGCCUCCUCCCCUAGGGAGCAUUCGCUGAACCUUACCAUGUGCUGAUUACAGUGUUCACUGCUUCUCCUCACUGAGCUCAUGUCCCAGAAGUAUGGCUCGGCACACAGUAGGUUUGCAAUAAGCAUCCUUGCCCUUUGUGCCCUAAUGACCCCCUUUUUUUAUUGCAAGUAUUCGAAACCCAGCUUAAGCACAAAGGGGAAUUAAUGAGAAGGUCAUGGGCAUCUCAGGUAACCAUGCUGCACGAGGUGCAGGGACUGCGUGUGCACGCGGCGCCCUCGCCACUUGCUCUCUGUGGGGCUCUGCUUCUGGCUUCAUUCUCUGCACAAGUGGAUUUUGUCACCCGGAGUGAACAUGGCCACCGACAGUCCUCAGAUUUCACAAACUGGAGCUCUCACCGCAGAGGGAGUGGGUUUCUUUCCCCAGCUCUGCUUGGACAGGCCAGUCCUGUCUCUCUUGCUCUCUGGGGUCAGUCAGCGGCGGGCAGGAAGUAGGGUGCAUAGUACGGUCCUGACCACCAGAGUGCUGUUUCCAGAGAAUCCGGAGCUCUUGUGAGCCUUUCCCAGACACUCCUGGUAGUGACUCUGUGUCGCUUCUGGCCUUUACCUGGCCCUGUUCCAGAGCCACAUGGCUAAAAGUGGUCUCCCACAGAGCCUGUCGGGAUUGGGCCUGGACAAGGCCUGGAGGCCACAGAGAAGGAGCCCUGUCCGCUGGAUACCUGCCUCGAUGGCUAAUACCAGAGCUGAGAGCUGGGUGAAGCCUGGGCCCUGCCGGAGAGGGGCCUCAGGCCCCCUGGAGAAUACACCAGCUCCCCCAGACCCGAAGGCAGCCUGCUUAUGCGGGCUCCCCCGACAGAGGGCCAGCACGCUUUUGUGGCUGACUCUUUGAAGAGGAGAGCCAUGCAGGUGUAUAGUGAUGCCCAGUUCAACAGUAAUAAUCGCUCCUCGUACUGAGCCUUCGCCGGGCCGGGCCCUGUGCUGACUGCUCUCCACCCAUUGUCUGAUUUCAUGCUCACAGCUAUCCUGGGAGGCAGGGACUGGCAGUGUCCCCACGGUGGUACCCCCAUAUAUCUGGAAACUAGCUCCAGGGUGCUAAAUGACCGCCCCCCCCUCCCCCCCAAGCACUGGAGUAAGUGGUGGGGCUGGGAUUCACAUCCGGUCUUUCCGAUUCAACACUACACCUAACAAACACUCAUCACGGAGGAAAACAAAGGGCUUCGUGUCAAACCCUUUAUGUGCCUUCACUUUAUUUUCGAAACAACCCUGUGAGGCAGACCUGUGACUAUUCCCAUUUCAUAGAUGAGGAAACUGGGGCCCAGGGAGGCUGUCGCUGACCCGUGACCACACUGCUUGCGAGUGGCAGAGCCAGGACUCAACGCGUGUCCCUCUGACUCCAGAUUCUGGAUACUUAACCACUUCCCUGCUGUGGUCUGCACCGAAGUGUGUUUUAAUAGCUCCACAAAGAGGCUAAUGGCCUGAUUAGCAGAAAUCCAGUUAGUGGGCUAUUACAAUGAUUUCCUAUUACGUGUAUUUCGUGCGGGGCAGAGUCAGUCUCAUACAAAAAAGUAGGUUUUCUUACCAUUUACGGUGCCUAUUUUUAGAAAACCUGACCCCAUGUUAGAGAGCAGAGGGUUAUUUUUAUCUGACUGGCAUGGGUCCCUUGUGGCCUCCCGAGUUUUUAUGGAAGCAAUUAGUGUUGGCAGUGUACCUGCACUUACCCCGUUUUUGGCUCUGGUCAUACGCAGAUCUCACGAGGGACGCGGCUCCACUGGGAUGCGCUGUGGUUUCAGUGCACAGGGGUCCUCCCUCCCUCCCCCCCUCCCUGCCUCCCUCAGGGGAGGAGCCGUGCUCCCCGAAGAUUGCCCACAAACUGCCAAGCGCCUGCCCUGUCAUCGGCGAGAGAACAUCACUACCGUUAAGGCAGGUACGCUGUACCACCAGGUUCCACGUUGAAAUUGAAUUUU